AGUUUCAUCGAAUUUUAAUCACUUUGCAAAAUCCAUCCCCGAUCAUUGGGAAAGAUUUUACUUCCAGUUAUAAGCGAAAUAUCUUUACACCGGAAAGUGGCUAGAGAUAGAAACGGCAAAUUCGACACGACCCGAUUUCCCCAGUUAGCAUAACAAUACUUCGAAUUUCAACAUCAUUUAUUUUCGUCUCGUUUCAUAGCCAGAAGUGAACAGUUCGGAAAUAUUCUCACUUAAGAUUCUUAAUUACAGACUGCAAUUAAUCUCUGUGAAGAAAUGGAUUUAAACUUAAAUAACCUUAACAAGAUGGAAAUUAGUUUGGAAAAGUUUGGAACAAUCUGUGCAUGGAUUUUACUAUCAAUUUCAUUGUACUCAACAAUUUCAAUUGUUCAGUUAAUGAAUUUAAUUUUCUUUAAUGGGAUUCCCAAAAAUGGUGAAGAAUCUGUAAUCUUCGGUGUCAUUGGUAUAUUUGGAGGAUUUGUAGCGUUCACAAAAUCUUCCAUAAUUUCGUAUCAGGCAAUUGAUGGAAUUAAAAAGGCAGUUGAGUUGGGAGAUGAGAAGAAAGUUGUUUUUAUGGCUACUGCUUCAGUCUAG